GUACAUCGUGGUGUCAAAGGUUUUGUCUUAGAUGAUUUUUACAAGAAACCGGUUGCAAAUGCAUCGAUCCGUGUCUCAGACAUUGCUCAUGUUGUCCACUCAGCUGUUGAUGGGGACUAUUGGCGCAUACUUGCCCCAGGAAAAUAUGCAAUCACGGCUUCAGCUCUUGGCUAUAUCCCAGCAACUAUGAAUGUCACUGUUGAGAACUCUGUUGUACCCAAGUGGCUGAAUUUCUCGCUGGAACGGUUGGAUCAGAGCAUAUGGGCUGUGAAUAACGAUUACGGUCAGCUAGAAAAUGUCAAAGUGCAACAUCAGUAUAGCUCUGCAGAGGAAAUCUUCAAAAAGUUGAUGGACCUUGAGUCCUUUCAGCACAAAAAUGAUAGGAUUGCUGAAUACAAGAAGAAUCCAUUGGGACUUUUGCCUUCAGCUGGCUCAUUGAAAAUCACAGCUCAGGUUGGUGCCCCUGAGGAAAAUAAAUUUCAUAUUGGUAUUCUCGGAGGCUUAUUUUCCACAGAAAUGUUUACUCAGGAGUUCCUUAUAAAAAUUGCCCGGCAUUUUACGGCAGGAUUUCGCACCAACAGCUCAAUAGCACGUAAAAUUCUUCGACACAGCGUACUUCAUUUAAUUCCAAUUGCAAAUCAAGUGAAAUAUGCUGAAAGUACAAAGUGUGAGACUGACAAACCUCCAGUGAGUGUCGCGCCCAUAGCUCUCUUGUUGGCAAAUGGAAGGUACAAUCAAUCUGUCCUUUCUAAUGCAGUCAUGAAGCUAUUUCUGGAAGAGAAAUUUGAUGCAAUCAUUUCUCUAGAAGGAGGUGGACUGGUAUUACGAUCACCAGAAGUUUCUCCAAACCGUAUUUCUUACAAUUUAUACAAGAGUUUUGCUGACACAUUUGAUGCUCAACUUCAUCCCGAUUUAGUUAAAUGUGAUGGCAAAAAUGCACCUCUUUACGACCUGAAGGAACGACUCUUCGUGGAACUUGGCAAAGAACUUGAAAAUACGCUCAUGCUCUCCGCUCGGCUUGAUUGUUGUAACUUUGUUCCACCAGAACGCGCCCAUGAAGUCUGGAUGUACACUCUGAAUCCCUUAAUGAGUAUCCUCAAAGGUCUAGUCACAGGAAUUAUUGGCAGAGUCCAGGAUACAAACCAAGAGCCGAUGAGGAAUGCUAUCAUCAAAAUUAAGGGCUAUCAGCAGGAUAUUGAAGUGUCUGAAAAUGAGGCAUAUUUUAAAAUUAUCUUAUCUCCUGGCGAAUACGACCUACACGUUAUCUGUCCGGAUCACAAAGAACAAAUUGCUCAUGUGAAAGUCAGUGAAUUCAAUGUUACGCAAGUUCUGAUCACAUUGUCUGUGAAAAGAAACCGCGCCAGGAAACCUGCUUUUAGCAUUAAGAAGCCAGGAAUAUUUGGCUAUGUUGUGGAUAUGAAGAACCACAGUAUAUCCAGCUACAGCCUUGCAAUAUUGGACACUAACAUAACUUAUACUCCAGAUGAGGACUCUCAUUUCUGGAUACCCCUCAAACCAGGUGAAUACAUCGCAUCAGUCAAUGCCUCAGGGUAUUUCCCCGUUACGAAACUUAUCAAUGUUGAGCAGAAGAAAGCUUCAAGAGUGAUUAUACGGAUGGUAAGGGAUAAGACUAUUUUCUCACUACCUCGGCUUGCAUUCAUCUCUCUAGUCACCGUUGGGUGUGCUUGCUUUGGAAUGAUUGGACUUCUUAUUUAUUCUCGCCUCAAGAAUCAGCAUAAAGGCUACUAUAGUGGAUUCUCCCUUUUACCGCAAAAAUUGCUAUUUGAGGAUGAUGAUAAAGAUGCAGAGCUGUUCCGAACGCCGAUAAAAGACAUCGUUACAAGGCCUUUUUAUGAUGAAUCAGACGAUGAAGUUAGUGAUGAGUCUUUGGAAAAGUAUCCUUUUCCCAGUCUUGAUGACUCCUCAAAUUAAAAUCAAUCUCAUCAUCACCUAUGUUAAAUUUUAAUAUCCUAAGUGCCAAGUUUUUUGUCUAUUAUUAGCUAAAAAAUCGUUGGCAAAUUUUUACAAGCUCUGAAGGCUCUAUGAAAUCUCAUCUCAUUAAUGAUUCCUGUUAGUUAUUAAAAUAUUCUCUGAUUUGUCAUGCAUUUAAUGAACCUUAUCAUUUGACAAGUAUUGGAAAUUUGGAAGAAGCUGUAAAAAUGGGGUCCUCUUUCAGAAACUUCUAAAUGUUUCAUCAAGCGUCUAAAUGCCAACAUCGCAGGAGACAUAGAGAUUGAUUUUUGAUGGUUAUAAAUGGUAUUUUAACUCGGAGGUACGAAAUAGGUCACUUAUUAUAAAUACUAAAAGUGUGAAAAGAAAAUAAUAUUUACCAAGAAAUUUGGCGCCUGCUAUACCCCAUCUUUGAAGAGUUUGUAAGCAAAGUAAAGAGUGUGAACAGUUUAAUUCAUGUUUCAUGGAAUUUGAUUUUACCCAAGCUUGAUCCUAAUCUUUGAAGUUUCACGUUUGAAACAAUUCAGAAGAAACUGUCAGAUGAUUUCCUGCAAUAAGACCCACAAUGGCCCUGCCAAUCCAAUACUUUGUUUAUUACGUAAGCGUUUUUUUUUUCUCAUCCAUAAAGUUUGUUUUUUUAGACUUGUUAGUUCUUAUCAUAGAUUGAUUCUGCAGUAUCUGAAAAUUUGAAGAUCAUCAAAGACCCAAUUUAAUUAAAAUGACACUAGUGAUAGUCUUUCCAAAAGAGGAUAAUACAUCGUUUCUGGAAUGCUCAUCAACAUCAGGGUAGAUUUAAAACACUUUUAUUACAAAACGCUCUUUUAAACAUCUGAUCGAAAUAUUGAGAGUCUUUGUGGAAUUUUAAAUUUACUUACUCAAGAAAAUUGCUCUGAAAUUUCUCUUAUAAUUUAUCCCCAAUUUUACUUCAGAUAAUCUAUACCUCCUCAAAUAACUGAAAAUGAAAUUGCAAAAAUUUUCGCCACUUUGGCCAACUUACAAUGCAAGAACUUGUCAAUUUGCAUUGUUUCCAUGUUUUAAACAGUCUUAUUUGAUGAAGCAACAACGAAACUUCACUUUGUUCAUGCAGGGAAUUCUCAGACCUAUUUAUUUAAACAUGCAAGGUUCUAAUACCGGAUAGAUCUUCAUCUCGUAGAAUUAGUUAUCUCUGCUAAGUGUAAGGCAAUAAAACUAGUGCACAUAGGUAUCUCUGUUGCUUAAUUUUAACUUUUAUUCUUUGUGUUUAACUUUACAUCCUAGGUAUAUUCAUGUUUCGUUUUAACUCAUUGACAUCAGUUUUGAAAGAGAAUUUGGAGCUUUUAUCACAUUCCUGUAACGAAAUAAUUUUCUUCCUCCUUUUUUUAAAAAAAAAAAGGUGAGGAAAAUACUAAGUUUUCAAGUUAAUUUUCCGAUUUCAAAAUCAUGCUUGCAAAUUCUGCUUGCUAUUUGAAAGUUCUCACUUAAUUUAAGUUUCAUGUACCUGUUUUCAUACUAGAAUAUUUUAAUACUUCAAUCUCAAAAACUAUUUAUUGAAAGAAUUUAUGAAUUCACGCUACCUUAACGUAGUUUUAAGUAAGUAAUAAUUAUUUGGGGUGGGAGGGGGAUUUUGUUGAUUUUGUAAAAGAAGCAAAAAAUCCGCUGUUAGCCUCCCAGUUGAGGCUACAAUGGCGUCCUUGCAGCUUUUGAUGCUGUUCAAAAGUUACCUUUUAACUUUAGCCAUAUUGCAAGCAUGUAUGGUGUCCUAAACGGACAUCUUAUAUUUAUGUUCACCCCAUUUUUCAGUGGUCUCCUCCUCUCGAUAUAGUUAAAUGGUUGUCACUUUUGACAAUCAAGAAUUUUCCAUACGAUCCUAAAUGAAUGUUUAGUCUCAUAAAAAUUGUGAACUUGUUUUUUACUCUAAAUGGAAGAAUUCCUGUUGUUCAUAGGCAAAAUUGUAAAUAUGAUGGAUUCUUAUAACCAAGGGAUGAUGCAAGUCAAAUACUUCAGGCAUUGUUGCAUAGCAUUUGGUUAAAAGAAUACAACAUUAGAUAAAAUAAGGCAAUGUGAAAUGCAGUUAUGCAGAUUCACUCAGCAGAAAAUCACUGACCAGGAAUGCCUUGUCCGUUUCGAAUUUUUUAUUGCGUUUAACUAAACCAAAAGUCGCAUGAAGUGGUUUGGACAAAUUAUCCAUCACUGACGCAUUUUUACUGUGCCUUCUUUUUACCUACCCUUUAAUUUGUAACAUUUUUGAAUCCUAACACCCAUAAAUUUCUUUUAUUUUGUAAGUAUUAUUGUUGCAGACUAAUAUUUUGUGCUAAAAUGGGUGCUAAGUGUAUUUUGAACGAACUGAACUUUAGUUUGCGAAUCUCAAAUCGAUGAUGAAACUAGAACAAACUUAAGUGUCUCGGUGAGAUAAAAGGGUAGAACAGAAUCAAAGGAGAAAUGAAAUUACCCUUUUUCUUUACCACAAUACCUCAAGAUCUGCCUUUCCAUUUGAAACUUGAGGAAUAGAUCUUCUAAAUUUCUGACUUCAUUCUUUUGAAAGAAAAACAAAAAAUACCUUCCCAUGAAUACUUUCCAACAUAUGUUUAAGAGAAAAAAAAGGAAAGCCCUGCAAUGUUUUGAGAAUUAAAAUUUAUUGGCUUUCUGCUCUGCAAUUGAAAGGCAAGAAAUAAGAAGUGUUUUAAAUUGAGGGACUUCGGGUUUUUUUAGUUUCAUCUUCGAUGUGUAAUACGUAACAAAGUACUCAAAGCAAUUAUUUUGGAUUACAGUAAAACUGUAAAAAAAAAAGAUGUUAGAUGUAGAUGACUCUUUUUAAGAUGCUUUAGAAUUUAUGUUAUAUGAUAAUGAUUGCAAGUAAAGCCAUUCAUCGAAUCAUUUUCCAGUUUGACCGAAUUUGGCAGGACAGAAUCAUUUUUCUUGAAGUCAAAUCAAUCUUUUAUUUUGGUAAAUGAGUACUUUUUUUAGAAGCACGCCUGUUCCUCAAUUUUCAAAAAUUUAUGGAGGAUUAGAUAGUGGUUUUUUUUUUUUAUUAUUGAUUUUUUCAAAUAGGAGAAAUCGGUGCUUGUCUUAAAUGGAGAAUGUCAUGUUUAAUCAUCAGCUGUUCUGAAAUAGACGAUUGUACUUAAUACUACACAUAAUCAAAACUCAGUGCAUUUAAAGUUUAAGACCAGGAAAAUUAAAUAAGUUUUAAUAAUACCUUUCAACUUUGAUUCAUAUCAACAGCCAGGUUCUGAAAUUAAAGACCUCUUGCCCUCACAGGAAAUAAUAUUAAUUUUCGUCUAAUUUUGGUUCGAAUAACGGUGAAAACAAUCUUGCAUUUUCAAUCAUUUCCCUGUUUUACUUCCCUUCGUAAACAGGAGAAGAAAAUGCACCUUAAUUAUUUUUCCCUGCUAUCUCAGGAACAACAAUUCAGUAGUGUUGCUGUGAUGGCAAUGAUUUUUUUGUAAAAUCGAAUCGAUUUUCUAGGGUUCAUUUAAAAUUUUAAUCAGUUUGUUAAGGCAACUACUGUUUCAAACUAAAACAUGAUUAAAAUCGAGCAAUUUUGGUCAAGUGGUGAUCCAAAUUUUGAAGAAGUUGACAGCAACAACGUCUCUUAUGAUAUUUAUCAUCAUUUCAAACCUCAAGUCCAAGUAAUCAAUUUUGGAGAAAAUUAAUGUUUUGGAUUAAUCUCAAACCGAAGUCGACUUUUGCGUAAAAUCAAACGAUUUUUUGCAAAAUAAUCGCCAUUAUGCCAAUUGAGUCACAUAAUUGACCUACUGUUUUAGUCUUCGAUUUGAAUACCUCUAUUUGUUAAACACGUUAGUAUUCUUUUUGAAGCAUUUUGAGUACUUUUGUCACUCUGGUCAACAUUUUACUAGUAACCGAAAGAGCAGAUUAAAGUCCUUCAUUUGAAACGAAGCAUAUUUCUAUUGAGAAUGUUAAUAAUACACUUUGCAAAAAUGUGAUAUUUAUAUUUAAUCUUCCUUUCUGUGUGUGAUAUUUGUUGUCUCUUUUUGUUUUUUCUUUCCUUCUUUAAAUGACAAGGUUUUACUAUUUUGGUACUCUCAUGUGUCAAUGGUAAUUCUGUAAAAAUGUUUGUAUAAAUUUUCCAAAUAUUUCAAAAUAUAUAUAUUUUCCUUUUUAAUUUUAA